GAACCUCACUCUGACAUUUCUCCUCUGUUGCAGGUGAACUCAUCUCCACGUCAGAAUGUUCUCCUACCUGCGCAAGAAGCUGAACCGUCACCUGGUAAAGCGCCAACGCCGCCGCAGGGCGCGGCUGGUGUCCAAGGAUGGAAGGUGCAACAUUGAAUUCGGCAACGUGGAAGAGCAAUCCAGGAUAGCCUUCCUGGCAGACAUCUGGACCACCGUCCUGGACCUGAGGUGGAGGUACAAGAUGACCAUCUUUAUUUCGGCCUUCCUGGGGAGCUGGUUUUUCUUCGGCUUGCUUUGGUAUGCCGUCGCCUACCUGCACAAGGACCUCCCGGAGUUUAACCCCGCGGUCAACCACACCCCAUGCGUGGAGAAUAUCAACGGCCUGACCUCCGCCUUUCUCUUCUCCCUGGAGACCCAGGUGACCAUUGGCUACGGGUUCCGCUGCGUGACGGAGCAGUGCGGCACGGCCAUUUUCCUACUGGUCAUUCAGUCCAUCUUGGGCGUGAUCAUUAACUCGUUCAUGUGUGGAGCCAUCCUGGCCAAGAUCUCCAGGCCCAAAAAAAGGGCAAAAACCAUAACCUUCAGCAAAAACGCCGUCAUCAGCAAGCGAGGCGGGAAGCUUUGCCUUCUCAUCCGGGUCGCAAACUUAAGGAAGAGCCUGCUGAUAGGGAGUCACAUAUACGGCAAGUUGCUGAAAACCACGGUGACGCCGGAGGGAGAGACCAUCAUCCUGGACCAGGUAAACAUCGACUUCACGGUGGACGCCGGAAACGAGAACCUCUUCUUCGUGUCGCCGUUGACCAUCUACCACAUCAUCGAUAUAACCAGCCCGUUCUUCGAGAUGUCAGCCGAGACUCUCCUGCAGCACGACUUCGAGUUGGUGGUCUUUCUGGACGGGACGGUGGAGGCCACCAGUGCCACCUGUCAGGUGCGCACGUCCUACACCCCCGAGGAGGUGCUCUGGGGGUUUCGCUUCGCUCCGAUCGUGUCCAAAACCAAAGAGGGCAAAUACCGCGUGGACUUCAGCAACUUCGGCAAGACGGUGGAGGUGGAGACGCCUCACUGCGCCUUCUGCCUCUGCAACGAAAAGGAGGCCAAAGCCAAGGAGGCCAAAGCCAAGGAGGCCGAAGCCAAAGCCAAGGUGAGCAAAGGAUACGAUAACCCGGCCUUCGUCCCGGAGGUUCUGGAGGCCAUAGAAACCAGCGAAACCAAAAUGUGAAAACACGAAAAA